GUGUGAGCCAGACAUGGCUUCACCUCGGAGGGUGGUCGGCCGGUGUCCUGCCUUGUUCCUGCUGGCCGUGGUGGCUGAUGUAAUGGGACUUGGUCUUAUACUCAUUGGGAUCUUCGUCAACCUAGAGAUGGAUGGCAGGAGUUUUGGGGAGUUCCUCAUCUACACCGGUGGGAUUAUGCUCUUCUUCAGCCUGCUCUGGUGGCUGGCGUGGUACUCCUUCAACCUGGAGGUCUCCAUGCAGGAACUCAUGAUGGACCCUUCUAUGACAGAGAAGAAGAGCAACAUAGCCCAGAUAGCCAGGAAAUUCUCAGAGAGGUUCUCCAGAAGGGCUAGAAGAAAGGAUUCCUCAAGAGACACCCUUCGUACUCCAAAACAACCUGGAGAACCUCUCCAUCUAACCCCAUCUGUCUUUAUCAAUAAUGGGUUCAGCAGCCCCCUUGAUUCUCUGAGGUCCAGCGGCAACCACCUGGAGCUAAGUACAGUCAGUAGUUUGGAUGGGGACCCAAGGACUGCAAUCGCCCAGCACAUAGUAGACAAACUGGUGUAGGUCCCAUGAUCUGGAACUGAGAGGUAAGUCCUGUAUUGGGUGUCUCCUGACCUUUCUCAUUCACAACUUUGUGCUGCUUAAAAUUAGUUUUGUAAAGUAGGGCAUUUCAUGGUAUAAAUCAUACCACGUCCUCCAUCACUGGGUUUGAUGCAAAGGUUUGUUGGAGAACAGUUUUGGUUGCAAUCUGUAGAAUGUGACGCAAUUGCCAUAGAAACAAAUGUAAUGUUUCUGCUGAUGGUUUUUUUUUUUUUUUUGUUUUUGUUUUUUUUUCAUAUCCCAAACUUCAAAAUUAAGGCAAAUCUAACUUUUUUUUUCUGUAUAAUGUAGCGGAAGUGGCAGGGUACUUGUGGCACCAUAAUCACAACAGCGCAAUUUUGAAUUUUAAUUCCCUAGAAUUCUGAGUUUGGUGAAUAAGCUGUGAUGGUAUCAGUGUAAAGCUGUAAAAAACAAAAACAACCAAAACUGGUCGCUGUUUAAUCACAGCAAGUUGCAUAUUGCAAGUCAUGGGGUGUAUUCACUAAAUCAGGAGCUGUGGAGACUGGAGAAAUGGAGUAAUUCACAAUAGUGAAAUUUGGACAUAUCUGCUAUAGUUCCAGUUUGGGGUGUGUGGGGUGUUUGUUUGUUUUUUUAUUUAUUUAUUUUUUUUUCCUAAUGAAACACACAAAUAGUAAAUAACCUUUUCAGAUUGCUAUUGUGUCCUAAAUUGUAAAACCUACAGUUCUUAACAGUUCCCAAUCUAGUAAAUUUAAAUUUUGGGGUUAUUUAGUUCCGCAAUGUGAUUUUUAAGAAAUUGGGCUAAAAUAACUAUGCUGAGACUAUAGCGAGAUGAGAGCAUUUUUUCCAAAAUUGUGAAAUUCAGGUUUCCGUUCUGUGCAAUUGGUAUUGAGUGUAUGAACACACUCUGUGCUUGUUUGAUCCAGAAUUACCUUUCACAGGAAGGCAAAUCGUUUCCAUGAAUCCUCUGGAUAUAAUUAACUUGGGAUUGGCUGGGUGACCCAGGCUGGGAUGUAAUUGGACCUCUUUUUGUGGACAAGAAAGCAUGUUAUUACAUGUUCUGUUGGGAAAGGGUCUGGGUUGACAUAGUGGCUAAAGUAAAUAAAUGCAGGACCUUUUGCCACUACCAAAUGACUCUUAGGCCAUAAUAAAAUGUUAAUUGGCUCCUGGUUCUUAAAAGAACACCAUAACCACUACAGGAUGCCCUGGCACCCUUUUUCCCAGUACAAGUAGUAAAUCUGCUAGCCGUUUGUCUUCCUAUAUGGGAGAUUCAGCGCUGGAAUACAGACUUUGGGGUUAAACCAUUUGAGAAUGGUUUAACCUCUUAAGGUGAGACAGUUCCAGGGAACGAACAUCAACCAUAACGUGAACACUGCACUAAAACACUGUGAUAGUGUGCCGCAAUAAAAACCAUAUGUGCAGUGGUAUUAAAUAUGCGUAUCAGGAACAGUUACUGUAAAACAGUACACAUACUGUCAUAGGGCAAUACAGUACUUUGGCUAAAUAGAUUUAAAAAAAAAAAACUUAAACUUGAGUAUCGCACUCACAUUUAAAAGAGCCUGUAUGAAACUGGCUGAGCUAUACAGGCUUGAGUGUAUUGUCUCAAUGUAAUGUUUUUCAUGUUUAAUAAAUCCUUGAUCUUUUAAUCUUUCAUCUGGUGCCUCGCUUCUACUUAUUGCCUUUUGAGUAAAAGCUGCACAUCACACUCAAGCUUCUCUACCUGUGCCAGUUUCAUACAGGCUCUUUUAAAUGUGAGUGCAAUACUUCUUAUAUUCCUAAUGCUAUAGUGCCCUGUAAAGUUUAGAUGCCCAGUUCCCACCUGUAAGGAGUAAAAUGGCAAUUUUACUUGCCUUUUCUCCCUUGUAGUGAUCGUUUUUAAUACUGCAAUCCUGCAUCCAUGGCUGAGAUCAUCAAUUAAGACUGAUGAUCUCAGUCAAUCCUAUGCUUUGUUAUAGGAAAGUAUCGGGAGGCUAGUGCGCAUGCAUGGCAAAAUGUUGCUCAAUAAGAUGGUCUCCAUGAGACUUCUGAUUUUAAAUGCAAAGUUUCACUCUGCUGUUUUGAGGGAAGUGCCUCUAGUAGUGGCUGUCAAUGAGAUGGCAAAUAGAGCAGGGGUAGGCAACCUUCGGCAGUCUAGAAGUUGUGGAAUACAUCUCUCCUUCUUCUUUGUCCAUAACAUCUGGAGUGCCAAAAGGUCCCUACCCCUGGCUUAUAGUGUCCUUUUUAUGGUGAAAACAGCCAAUUCUGAGAAAUUAACUCAUUCAGCUAUUUAUUUAUUUUUUGUUUGUUUUUUUUUAUAGCUAGUCUGGCCUUAAAUAUUAAAUUCACUUUGAAUUCUCUUUACUAAAAAAACAAAAAAAUUUUCACAAAACCUUUUUUUUUUUUUUUUUUUUGCAUUCUUUUGUAUCAACAGAAAAAACAAAUGUUAGGAAGGCUGAACUUGAUGGACGCAAGUCUCUUUUCAGCUAUGUAACCUCAAAACUUUGCGCAUAUUAACGCUCUCCUGCAAGACCCAGAACAGGCUUCUCGUUCUGGUCUACUUUUUGGGGUUUGUGAGCUUGGCAGCCGUACAGCGUAAAAUGGCAGCAGGGGUGCCAAGCAGCCGCACAGCUGUUUCACCAAAAGGCGGCCCACUCGGCCUUGGAGCUGACUGCCGACUCCUGUGGCCACAGCAUGCCCUGCAUACUAAAUCUGCCAGACGGAGGCAUAGUGAGUGGAGACCUGGGGGUAUCACUCGUUGGAGUCCUAUGGGUUACCAUGGUAACACUCUGAUUCUUUGCAAAAGCCUGCUUAGGGAACACAGGUAGGUACAAACAAUAUGGAGGAUACAGCUGUGAAUCUACAAAACAAAAACCAGUAAUAGUGUAAUACUCUUAGCACAUAAAAGGUAUAACUCACAAGAUAGAUGAGCGUAACUCGCCCUAAAUCGUUUGCAAAACGGCCGCUGCAGGGCUGGUCCUGGGUGCCUGGAGGAGAGAGGUGCCGCGCAGAGCAGGCCGAUGACCUAUUACAAGGAGCGCAGCAGGUGGCCAGCUGGCCAUCUAGGGCGCCCCGGUAGCAAGGCAGAGUAAGCACCCGCUUGUCCCAGACAGCAGGUGCCUACUCUGCAGGAAUAUACUGGCCACGUGAGGAAGGAGGCAGGCGGUGGCAAGGGAUCACUGCCUCUGCUGAUCUUCCUGCUCCCUGGCGCGCCCUCUCUGGUGAUGCCGGGAGCCGGAAUAUGUCAUUACGGCCUGCAUCACUAAACUACGCGAGGGAGCAGGAAGUCACUGGACCAGAGGACUCCUAAAGGUAAGAGCAACAAGGAAUUUGUCUGUGUGUGUGUGUGUGUGUGUGUGUGUGUGUUUGAGAGUGAGUGCCAGUGUGUCUGUCAGCAGGGCCAGCCUUUGAGGUGUGUAAGCUGUGGGGUCAUGUAGGGUGCCAUGACAACAGAGGCCACCGUUGGCCAACACGACUCACAAGUUUGGGACACCAGCACAUUAAAGGGACACUCCAGGCACCCAGACCACUUCUGCCCAUUGGAGUGGUCUGGGUGCCAACUCCCACUACCCUUAACCCUGCAACUGUAAAUAUUGCAGUUUUCAUAAACUGCAACAAUUACAUUGCAGGGUUAACUCCUCCUCUAGUGGCUGUCUACUAGACAGCCACUAGAGGGCACUUCCUGGUUUAUAGCACAGGUUUUCUGUGCCCUUGUCAGCUAAGCUGCACAAUCUCCCUUGGGUCUUAACUUGAAAACCUGAACGAACAAUAAUGCAGAAUUGGAAGAAUAAUGUUGCAAACAAAUCUGUUUUAAGCCACCUUACUGCCCUGGGUGACAAGUUCAUUCAUGUUGUGGAGUGACAAGAUGUGCCAGGUGUACGUGUUUGUCCUGUAAUCUCAUUGUGUCUUGUUUAUACAAGUAACGUGCCCGUUUAUCUAUACAUUUUGGGAGUAUUCCAGAAGUAAUCGCCCUGAUGUUUACUAUUUGUCCUUUUCAAAUAGCUUGGCAGGCAAGCGGAAUAAAUCUUCAAAGCUUCACGUAUCUUAAACCAAGGCAAGAGGUGUGCCACGCUCUAGAUAGUCAACACUAUACCCUGUUAAGUGUGAACCUUGGUAAUUUAUGCUUUUGGAAAACAAAAAAAAAUGCAUAAAUAGGAGGAAAAAAUAGAUAUUUCUAUUAGCAAAAAGUGCAAUUUUAUAUAUUUUUUUUUUUUUUUCAGGACAACCUGUCGUGUUACUUCCUGCUUUGGUUAGCUCAGUGGAACUAAACUCAAGAGGCAAUAGUUACCCAGAGCAUCUGCUUUGCAAAGACUUCUCAUUACGCUGCAUUAGGAAGUCUGUGAUUGGAUAGUCACAAAGUCUGGGCGGGGUUAGAAUGGGAAGACAAAAUACAUAAUUAAAUGCAUGUUUUUUAUUUGGGUUAUCUACUAAAUGGUGAUAUUUAUUUUUGGCUGUUGAGUGUCCAUUUUAGUACCUUCAUUCAUGAAAAAACAUGAAGCCAAUAGCAGACAUGAUCUGCUUUCCAUCCUAUUGCAGUUAAGUAAAUCUAUAGCAUUCCUAUGAACUAUACAAGGGCCGAGGUUUACUAAGGUUUUAGCUACGUCCACCUUUCUGCACUUUUGUAGCAAACAAAGGAAACUUUAGAUGUGUGUGGGUUUUUUUUUUGUUUUGUUUUUUUCUCCUUUCUCCCUCUUAAAGGAUCAACAAUGGGCAAGAGUUUACAUUCCACAAUGCCUUUUCCCACAAUAAUAUACAUGGAAUGCAGCCAUUUCUGAAAACAUGAUGUAGCUUGUCGCUUGCUGGUUAGAGGUUUUCUGGCUACUCGGAGAUGCAGUAAAUCUAGGAAUACGGGAAAGAGACUUUCUGUGAAAACUCUGUAGGACUUGCGGGACCCCAAAAAAAUUAUAAUUAUAUAUUUAUAAUCGGCUGAUGGCAAUCAUACAGCUGCUGUUAUCAGACUAUUGAAAACUUCAUGGUGGAAAAACGCUGGCACAGGGCUUACUCUUACUACCAGCAUACCUGUGUGUAGCCAAGUCUCCUGCUCUGGAGAAGAGCCAUGCGGGGUGAGUAUUGAAUAACGUGAACCCACGCACCUUUCAAACUCUGCACAAACUGUGUGGUCAGAAAAUAAAUACAGCGUCUCCCUCUGCAUUAUGGACCAAAAGGGUCACUUUGUAGAGAUUUGUGUAAUAUUUGUAAUUUGCUGUGGUUACAAGCAACAGGUUCAAGUAGACCCCUCCUCACAGUCCCUUGAAGGCCCUUAUAAACUCAAACCCACCAACACCACACAAUCAUAAUGUCGCGUUUGCAAUGUCCUGUACAGUUGUACAUGGGUUUUACUUUCUGGAGGUUUUCUUUUUACCGCCCCGCGUAAAUACAUUGGUCGUUUUAAAAAAAAAAAUAAAAUAAAAUAAAAAAACAGAACCACUUUAAACUUUUUUUUUUUAAUAAAGGGACAUUCUAGGGACCAGAACCACUACAGUAGGGCUGUCAAGCAGCCCCUGAACUAGGCCCAGAAAUAGCUGUCUGUCCCCCCACCCCGGGAUGUUUAUUUUGCUUCUUCCAUACCACCUCCUAAUUUUUUUUAUUUAUUUUUUUUAUUUAUUUUUUUGUUUCCUAUCUUAAUCACCAGGGGUCAUCUUUGUUACUACAGUACUGAGUAAUACUAGCAUUUAGUAAGGGUGUUCCAAAAAGUACCAAGGCUCUGUAAUGCCAUUUGUCCACCAGUAGAGGUCACUCUACUCUCCAGAACCCUAAAUUACUGAAUGGAAAUCACAAUAAGACACGAUGUGCACAGAUCGUGAUGAUUGUAUACAAAAAAUUAGGAGGGGGUAUGGAAGAAGCAAAAUGUCCCGUAAUGAGGAAAAACGAACCGGCUCUUCCCUAGUAUACUAGUCUGGAUUAUAGUACUUACUUGUCCUUAAGUAUUUGCCAGUCUUUAAAGGCUCCAAAGUUGGAAAGUUUACGUGUUUAAUUUUUUUUAAAGAAAAUAAAAAUUUAUACAUCUAUUGACAAGAGACCUGUAGCCAAAAACAAUAGCUUUUGGUAUAAGCCAUAAGAAAGGCACCUGGGAUAAUAUGGUAUCAUGUAUGGAGGAAGUGCAUUCAAAUCAAUUCCUCCUAGUUCAAUGAGAGCCGAAGAGCCGCGCCCACACAGGAGGGGAGCUAAAGCCUAUAGCUAAAACUGUUGUAGCCUGUGUGUGUGUACACACCUGUGUCUGUAUGUAACUGUGCAUCUGUGGCCAUAUGUACACCCCAGCAUUCUAAUGCUAACUCUGCAUACAAAUACACCCCCGGCAUUAAAACACACACCAACACUGCGCACAAAUACACCCCUGCAUUUAAACACACACGUGUAGUGUAGCAUAGCGGGUGUAAACAAAAAUAUGUUUAAGAGAAAAAAGAAUAUCUGUUGGAUAACGAAAGCUACACCUAGAAACAAUAUAUACAUUACGUACAAAGUAUUCACUUGUUAAAGCUGUGAGACAAUGUUUCAGGCAAUCAGCCCAGGAUUAAAUGCACAAGGAGCAGUGUAAGGGCAGAGGGCCCCACACCAAGAAUCUGUUUAAGGAAUAACCCGAUGAUGCAAAGUAAAAGAGAAAAUAUGUACAUAAAAAAUACAUCAAUAAUGCAUGGGAAUAAACUAUAGGCUAUAAUCCUUGUGUCAAAACAGAAAUGGCAUUAAAUCACUGAAUAGGCAAAAUGCAAUGGAUUUUUUUUAUUUUAUUUUAUUUAUUUUUUUAAUUCAUGGAGUUCUAAUGGGGGCAGGGUCUCAAUUGUAUAUUUACAAAAUGCCUCUCUCCUGAGAAGAGUUCCACGUGGUAGCUCCGGGACACGGUCAAUGCCCAUGAAUCUGAGAGAUGGCAAAGAAUAUCCAGAGGGUGGUCAGAGUAAACGGAACAUUGGAGAGAUUAGAGGUUGUACGGAGAUUUCUUAAAAAUGAGAUCAAGGGUGUUCCCUGUGUAGGUAUUCUGCACAAUCUCUGUAUCUUUUCUAAUCUUUCCAGUGUUCCAUUUCCUUUGACCACUAUCUGCUGACCCUUAAAAACGGCAUAACACCCUCGGUACAUCAAUCUCAUAGAAACCUCUGUCUUGACCUACAGCAAUUCUCCACCAAACUCUCUAGUUUUACCCAUCUCAAACCUCACCUGCCCUAACUCUGCAAUCUCCCUCUGCAACUGCACCCUCUCAUCUGAACUUCUUGCACCUCCUAUAUUUAAACUUUGUAAGUGACCCCAGUUACAACCCUGGCCCAUUGCCUUCAAAACUGCAGAACGCUGCUGGAGAAGGUCUAUCAUUCUGAAUCUGACUUCCUCCACUGUAAUUAUGAUACUCGUACAGUUUGACUCUUUCCUCCAUUUAAAAAAAUAAAAUUUAAAAUCUACUUCCAUACCAUCAUAACCACGCUCCCCUGAGAACCCACAUUCUUACUUAACUCUCUACUUUUGCCCUGUCGUUGCUCCUCCUCAUAACUCGAACGCUACAACUUUUUUCACUGAGAUGUCCUCCAGCACAUCUCACUGGCGUUCUUUCUCCUCUUGCUCUGCCCUUCAAGCAUGCAACAAUCACCCCAAUUAUUUAAAAAGGAAAUAAUAAAUAAAAAAAAGAAAAACGAAAAAAAGAAAACCACAGUGACUCUAAAUCCCCAUCCAACUACUGCCCUAUCUUGGAAUCAUUUUGCCUCCAGGAUCCCUGAGAGAGUUGUGUACACUAGUUUGACAGUCUUGCUUGAAUCCAACUUCAGUCUGGAUUCUGCGCUCUUCACUCUAUUUAUUUAUUUAUUUAAAGGGGCCUGGCCAAAGUAUCCAGUGAAGUUAUUGCUGCUAAAUACACUGGUUGCUAUCCCUCUCACCUUUAUCUUCCAGACCUUUCUGCUGCUUUCACUUAUGGUUAAUCAUAAACAACUUCUUCUCAUCCUCUGUACUCUCUAUCUAUGAAACCCUGCUCUCUCCUGGUUCUCUUCCUACCUCUCCCAAUGCCCUUUCAGUGUUUUCUUUUCUGGCUCUCUUAGGACAAAACCUCUCUGGUGUUCCCCGAUUUACUUUCCUUACUCCUAGUGCUCUUAACUUCUAUUAUUCUUUGCGCGGAUGACACGCAAAUCUGUCUUCUCCUGAUUUUUCUUCCCAUUUCACUUGACUCGUGUCUCUGACCGCCUCUUUGCUAUUUUUAACUGCAUGGCUGGCUGCUCAUUUUCUUAAACUUAACCUGUCCAAAACACAGCUUCUCGUCUUUCCUCCCUUAGAGGAAGGCAGACACUGGAGUACCCCUCCUAAAUCAAUGGCACUACCAUAAGCUCUACCUCGCAAGCUCGCUGCCUAGGUGGUCUCUGACUUCAACCUCUCCUUCACCCCUUAUGUCCAGUCAUUCGCCAAACUCUGCUACUUGCAUCCGCCUCUAAUGCCAGCUGCGGCUAAGGUGCUUUCACUAUCCUCUCACAUUGACUACUGCAUUCCGCUUCCCAGUAGUCUUGCAUGUUCCCAGCUUGCCCCAUUAGUUUCUAAUGAAUGUGGCGGCAAGGCUCAUCUUCUGGUCCUCCCGCACCCCCAUGCUUUCCCUCUGUCAGUCCUUACAUUGGCUUCCUUUAAGAUAUAGGGCUCAAUUUAAAAUGAUGGCGCUUGCUUACAAAACUCCUACAUAAUGCUGCUCCUAACUACCAAUCUUUACUAAUACACAAGUAUGUCCUGUCCAGACCCCUACACUCUGCUGAAGAUCUGAGUCUAUCCUCUGUUCGUACUCCCACCUCAAAUGCACACCUUCAAGACUUCUCUAGGGCUGCUUCGCUCCUUUGGAACUAUAUUCCUUGCUCUGUUAAACUCUCACCCGGUCUCCGUUUCUUCAGAAGAUCAUUAAAAACCUUAGUUCUUUAGGAAAGCAUAUCCAUUUAACUAUUAAUGGCUUUCCCUCCCCACAUCUUGGUAACUAUUCUAGUGACUUACUUUUUCCUAUACCUACUACCCUUACCUCUUUUGUCACUUAACCCACUCCCUCUAGAAUGUAAGCUUGUUUGAACAGGGCCCUCCACACCCUCUGUUCCUGUGUAUCCAACUAAUCUUGUCUGUUAGCCCACCCAUUGCACUGCCCUGGAGAAUGUGUUGGCUGUGGUUUAACUUUAAUUUUAUUUUUAUUUAUUUUUUUAUUUUUGCUUUCCUUAUAAAUUGUUGGGUUGGUGGUUUUUGGGGGUUUUUUUUUUUUCCUCAUAUUAAAUUUGUUUCAAAUAUAAAUUAUUUCCGAUGAAGGCCCCAUUUCUAAUGAACAAAAUGAUAGAUGGAUAAAUAUAGAAGCGUAGGUGCACUUAUUAAAGAGGUAAAUUAUGGUUGAACAGACACACGGCUCAAAUUCUAGGUUUUGGUUCAGAACUUUUCAAAACAAUUUCCUCUGUCCUAACUGGGUUAAAAUGUUGAGAGGAAAGUUCUAUUCCAAUCUAUAUCCUGCUGUGUGGACAAUCUUGUCUGUACAUUAACCAUAUUUAUAUAACAGAACCUACAAUCCAAUGUGAUGGAAAAACGUGCAUAAUGGAGAUGGCACUUUGCAAUGCCACCUUCUGGACAUGAGUUAUUAUUGCAGCCAUUUCCAUAUUGCUAGCAGUAUUCAAUGUGUAUGUAGAGUAUUCAUUCCUCUGUAUUGGUAUGUAUAGCUUUUUAUUCCCAGUUUGUUUAAUUUCGUGCAAUGUUGGGGAAGAGGUAGAGAAAUGCCAGGUGAGAUCAAGCCACUCGUUCGGUAUUCUGACUUGUUUGCCUGAUUAAACCCCUGCCUGCAUUAACUUUUCCAUGUCCUGGGUUUAUUUAGGUCGUCUGACACUUUAACGUUUACAUGGAUUAAAUCCUCGGACAAAAAGACGCUUUGGAUGCUGAUCGCUGGAAGCUACUGACUUUGGUUCAUGUCCCCAUCGGAUGAUGGUCAAAUAUGUCUUGACAGACACUAUUUACACAUUUCCCUGCACUGUUUAUUUGUAGUUUUUAUUCUCAUUACCGAGUUUAUUAUUUAUUUAUUUUUGUUUGUUUUUGAUGAACCAAUUAUGUAUUUUUUUUUCUUUUCAUGACUUGCUGUUGAUACCCACCUCUUCCUUAAUGUUUGCAUCCUAAGAACAUGUGUGUUGGCCUUUUCUGAACUGCUGCAGGAAAAUUUCUGUUUUCCUCUUUCUAUGCUAAAUGUUUGGCCAAUGCCUUGUUUUACACACACCUAUGGCACUCCAAAAAAUGUAUGGGAUCCUUGAGCAGUGAGAAUACACCGUGAAACGUAACUUAUUUAAGCUCUUCGGGCACUAACUGGUAGAAACCGACCUGAGGAGGACAACCAAUUGUUUCGUAAACCACCACCUGCCAUCUCAGGGAAGUUAUUUGCCUCUUACUUUGUUAGUACUUGUUGCUAGUGUUUGGUUAAAAAAAAAAAAAGGGGGGAGGGUUAAAUUUUAAUUAUAACAAUGUUUUUCUAUAAUUUCCUCUCCUUAUUUUUAGGAAUAUAAUAAACAAUCGCACACUUGCAAUUUUAAUUCAAUUGUACAGAAUCACGUUAACCAGGAUUUCCACUUCAUGUUAAAUAAUCUUUAAAUGCUGGUUCUCUUGAUGUUCCACUGCUAUAACUAUUGAGGGGAAAUGUUGAUUAGCCAUGUUGGUCAAUUCAUUAUGUGAAUGAUUGUGGUGUUGACUUUAAGAUGAACAGUGCAUUAUGGGGGAAACCUUGAACUCGCUGUAGAGGACGAUACAUCCAACUAUUAUUCCUGUGUGUAUUUUAAACCCAAGUCCUUCCUUAUUUCACUGCUGGUCUGUUCACCUAAGGAGGUAGAUUGUUUGUUAUUGCCUCUGUGUUUGUACCUGGGCUGCUUUACUUCAAAUUCAGACUGACAUUAAAGGGACACUAUAGUCACCAAAACACAUUGGCUUAAUGAAGCAGUUUUGGUGUAUAGAUCAUGCACCUGAAGUCUCACUGCUCAAUUCUCUGCCAUUUAGGAGUUAGAUCACUUUUUAUUUCUGUUUAUGCAGCCCCGGCCACACCUCCCCUGUGUGAGACUCACACAGCCUGCAUGGGAAAAAAACCAAAAUGGUUUCACUUUCAAUCAGAUGUAACUAACUCUAGAAGUUUUUAUCUCCUGCUCUGUAAAUUGAGCUUUAAUCACAUACAGGAGUCUCCUGUCGGGUCUAGCAAGCUAUUAACAGAGGAGAUGGGAAAUUCUAAAUUAAACAGAAUUUGCAAUAAAGUGUAAACAUUAGAUUACUUUUUACAGGAAGUGUUUUGGAAAGCUCUGCAAGUCACAUGCAGGGCGGUGUGACUAGGGUUUAACCCCUUAAGGUCACGUGACCUGUCAUGAUUCCCUUUUAUUCCAGAAGUUUGGUCCUUAAGGGUUUAAACAAAGUGAUUUAACUACUAAAUGACAGAUACUUUUUAGCAGAGAGACUGCAGGGGCAUGAUCUGUACACAAAACUGCUUCAUUAAGCUAAAGUUUUGGUGACUAUAGUGUCUCUUUAAAUCAAAUUCAUCUAAAGAUUGAGGACAUAUACAAUCUUCCAUUUGGCACCAGAAUGUAUGAUUGUUACGAAUUGUUGAUUUCCCCUUCCCCAAUUUUAUUUUAUUAUUUUUUUCCCUUGUUCAAAAUGGUGUAGUAGCCCAAUAAUCUAUACGUAAAACACAACGCAGAGAGUAAAGGCCCAUUUUAUUUAUUUUUAUUUUUUUGACUAAAAUAGCCGAGCUGAAAGAAUGAAGUCCUAUUCAGUUUUGGCUAUUUUGGCCUCCGAUUUGAAAUCCACUUUGAGUUCCUGAUAAUCUUAGUUUUAUUGAAUAACCCAGAAUGUGUGUAUGUCCACCCAAGGAACAUCAGUGAUGCCUAAAAAAAUGGAUUCUGACGUUUUUUAAAUGCAUUUCUCAAAGGCCAGUCUAUGACCUUCAGAAUUCCUUUCGACUGCAUGAUUUUGAUUUGGAUGCAGCUAAUAUUAGUUAAAGGGACUCUUGAGACCUGGAGUUAACUGUGGUGGUUGUAUGGUCUCCAAGGAUAGAAAUGGGAGAGGGUAUUUAAUAGCAAGGGGGGAACACUCUAGUACAAACUCUCUUUUAGGGUUAUUUGCUAAAUGGAUAAUUCAAAAUGAAUUACAAAUUUAAGGUCAAAUAGCCGAACCGGAAAAAAGUCAGCAAUGCUUUCCAUUUGACUACUCUGGCCUUGUAUUUUAAAUUUACUUUAAAAUUUAAAUUGAGUGAAUAACCUUGUUAAAAUCUGCAUCUUCUAGUACAGGGGUCCUCAAACUCCUGCCCCCACCCUCCCCAGAUGUUGCUGAACUACAACUCCCAUGAUUCUCUGGCUAUCUAUGUAUUUCAAAGAAUCAUGGGAGUUGUAGUUCAGCAACAUCUGGAGGGCCACAGUUUGAGGACCCCUGUUCUAGUAUUUAGAGAGCCUUUGUCAACUCAGACAGGGAAAGAAACAUGGGUACCUAUUUUUUUUGUUUGUUUUUUUUUUUUUUAUACAUUCAUUCCUUUUAAUAACCUUUCCUUUAAUGUACGUUGUCACCCUUUUGGGGGCAGGGGGUGCAGGUAAGGUUAUUCUGUCCCUCACUGGUUGUGUUUUUUUAUUUUAUUUUUUUUGUUUUUUAUUUUUUAUUUUUAAUUCGCUCCUUUUCGAUUAGAAGAUAACAUCAAUGCUGUACUCUUGCGCAUGCGCCAAAGUACAGCAUUAAGGUUUAUGGAACAUCCUGUGGUAUACUCAACAGACGCAGCCACCACUGGUGACGACUAUCGAGAUUGGCUCUUGGACUCCGCCCUGAGUCUAUGAAAGUCAGGCCGAGGAGAAAUACGGGGAUAAAGUAGUCCCAACUUUCGUCUCUGUAUAUCUCUUAACUGGGUUGGAAUUUCAGUGAAAUUUUAACACGGUAAUACAGAGUAUUUCAUAAAGAGUCAAUCUUUAAAAAAAAAAAAAAAAAAAAAUACUGCUCUUUCAGGGGGGAGGGGGGAGACCGUGCCGCUUUAACUGCAAAACUAGCAUCAUGUGGUCUUAUGUUAAUUCUCUACUGUAUACAAUGUGAUAAGUUAGCGUGAUGUAUCUCAUUUUUGCAACUAGACUUCCGUUACCACCAAUAUCAUACCUAAUAUUAUUCCACUACAAUACCAGCAAAUGGGGUGCUGUUAUAUUGCCUAGACUUUUCCGCUAUGUACCGAACAGGGACCAUUUCUACCUGGCAAACUGGUGGCCAAUUUAAAUAUAUAAGGUGUAAGAAUGAAUUCUAAUAUCUGCAAUGUGAUCACAUUCAAUGCAACAUAUCAGUCCUUUCAUAUCUACAGGGAAUAUCCCCUAGGCCCAAGACUCUCUCUGCAAAGAUAAAUAGAGCCUUUUAGUGAAUACCUCUGUUUCCCCUCAACUUUUUCUGGGUACAUAGUGAUACCUGCUGGUUCUCCCAGCAUGCAGUUGGUUUAAUUGUAGUAAGUUCAGCCUCCGCAAGCCGUGACAGCUAGCGUUUAUUAUUUAUAUAGCACCAUCAGAUUCCGUAGUACUGUACAAUGGGCCCAUUCCUUGCCAUCGUGGCUCAUUGAAGGUCUGUUUACAUUUUACUUAAAUAACUUUACCAGUGUGUCACGAACUUACAGCUCUGUGCUUUAGAAAAAUCUAGUAAUGAUUAUGCUGUUUUGUGUGUUAGGUUUCUCUAAAAUAUUAGAAUUACCUCGUGUUUUAGCUAAAUGUGUAAAUAUUAAGCUGUAUCUCAUAAUGCCUAUAAAUCUGACUUUCAUACACUACAAUGUAACAAUAACGUAUACAUAUGUAAUGUGUUUCUAUAUGUGACAACUGAUGUGAUGUGAAAAUGUAAAUGCUGCUGAUUAUACUGUCGUGACUCAUUCUUUUGUAACUUCAUGUUUUGUUUGGGGGGGGCAGGGAGUCUGUUUUAAAAAUCUGUCCUUACAAUCACGAUUCAGCAUUUUUUUAAAUUUUUUUUAAUGUUUAUAAAAAUACAUUUUAGAUGCUUAUAUUUUUAUACACUGUUAUAAAUGUCAUUUUGGAGACACAAUAAAAAUUUGUGUUUGUUUUUCAAACUUGUUUAAAUGCCUGUUUUCUUUUUGGUUAUAAAGUGGGUUUACACAGAGUGCACGUAAAGUGUGUGUGUGUGUUCGUUCGUUCAUUUGUUCUCCCCCAUUUCCCUAUAGCAACUAACCACAAGAGUCUUUCAGGGUUAUCUGGCAAGCUGUGAGUGCUCAGAAAAGAUUUAGAUAAUUUAAGGCCAGCACCAACUAAAUGUUCAGAAUAUUUUCUAAAACCUAGGCAUGUAUCAAGUACAACAUUGUUCUCGAUACAAACAUCUCAAACUCUGGGUGUCCACUCAUUGUUUUAGUAAAGUUAAAACCCCAAACUUUUAACAUGACUAUUGCAGGAGACUCCUCACACAUUUACGAGAGCCGUCCAUAUCCAUGUGAUCGGAAACAAGAGACAUCUCCAGCCAAACUCAAACUUUGUAAAUACGCAGUAUGGCAGGAGAUCGCUAGGCGUGAAGACAGGUGAAACUCUUCUUUUUCUUAAUGGGGAAAUGGUCGGUAGCUCGGAUCAUGCCUUCACCCUUUCCACUCUAAAUGUAGAAUGCCUGCUUUUGUGGUCAUCCCACCCCCAGUCUCUUGGCUCAUUUUUCCAUCUUGGCUAAGAUCUGUCCUUUUAUAUGCUCCCAUAAAAUAAGGAUUAAAGAUAAUAAAAUUGUAUUUCAUCUCCGCUUCUCUGGCUUAAAUAAUAGUCUUUUUACACGGUGCAUUUACCGCCACAUUUAUUUUCUUUAACCUAUUUAUGUUGAAAGUACAAUGUCUGUAUUUGUAAUCUGUGACCGUAUUCGUACCAGAUCAUGGACCUUGAAUCAAUAAAGGUGAACAGAUUUCUUUAACUCAGAGAGCAAGCUUUUGUAUUUUAUUUUUUUUAAUAUAUUUUUUGUUUUUGUUUGUUUCCCCGCUAGGUGAAUGCAAAUUAAUACCUACAUUAUUUAAGCUGUUACUUUGCUCUCUGGUGUGUAAGGUGUUAAUAUCGCCCAGCAGGUGGGAUUGUAGAGCUGUUCAAACACUUUUAAUCCUAAGUAACUUCACACGAUCUGCCCAUGUCACAAAGUUAUAACAAGACAAUGGCUGCUGCACAUAGGGAAAGAAACAGAUAAGUAAUCUGGCCUUUAAAAGAUAUUUGAUAUGUCCUGAAGUCACACAACCAGAUUUAAUUCCUAACAAGCAACAAUGGCAACAGUUACUUGUUUAUCCAGAUUACAGGCCAGGAGCCUGUAGCAUUGCUUUGUGCAAAAUCACACACAAGUUUUAUUCACAAAACCAUGAAAAGCUCACAACAACAAAAACUUAACUGUUCCUAUGUUAAAUAUCCCUCCCCUACAUUGCUGUUGCAUGUUCCCAACCAAGUUUAAUGAGAGAGAAGCCUGGCAGUGAUCCUGUGAGGACCUAAGAUAUCAUGAAAAAUGGGGACCUCCUGUGCUAGUGUAAGAACACUCUAAAGAUCACAUGGCAGAACCAUUAUACCGGGGACCCGUACAGACAGAACAGCCUCUGCCUACUGGUAACCAAGCUCAGCAGUCCACAAACUUCAUCUAGUGAAGGUAGGAUUAAUGAUACAUGAUGACAAAGAUCAGGGAGAACGUGACUCUAGGGCAAGAUUAGGGAAGUAGAUAAUGAUAGUUGGGGUAGAGUCUGAGGGGGGAGAGAGAAAUUUUGAGACUGGUUAAGGAGUUGCUUUUAAAAGAAUGGGAUGAAUUAAGUAAAUGCACCAAUCUGAUUUUAAUUUCAUACACUAGAUGCGUUAAAACGUUUUCUGUUUCUCUCUUUAGACGCCGAGAAGGUGGUCAACCAGCUCAAGUGGCCCUAUUGCUGUACAGACCAUGUUUUACAAUUAAAAAAAAUAAAAAUAAAAAUUCAAUCUUAAAAUAUAUCAUUAAGUGGCAUUAAAUGUAAUAAUUUUAAAGGGGGGUGGGGGGAUUAAACAUUUGAUGACCGUCUAUUUAAGCUUCUGUCUCACUUCCAUGCUCAAUUUAUCGCAGUGAAUUAAUCUAUACUUCCCUAACAGUACACGUAGACUGGUUCAAGGGGCUCGUUUGAUUCUCUUUGAGAAACGCUAUAAAACCAGACAGCGCUCCUCCCUCCUAUUAGACCUUUCGUUACAAUCUUUAUUACAACUAAUCAGAAUGUUCCUCAACAUGUUAGGAUAUUCAAUGCCUCGCUAUCCAUGGUAAGAGGGUAUUGUGGCAGGCACUUACUCAAGACUUGAUGAUAGACAAGAUGAGCUCCUUGUUCUUCUUCACUAACAGAGAUGAAAGUAGAGGUGGUGUUUUUUUUUUGUUUUUUUUUGACUCCUCAAACAGCAGGUGGCAAUGUUUGGGCACUGACCAUGUCUUUCUCAAUCUGGAUCCAUUGCUUGCGAAUAUCACAGCUAAUGGUGUUAAUUAGAUUUAUUUAAAGUGACAUUAUUAGCCACUAUAGCUCAUUGUAGUAACUGUGAUGUGGUCGUUUAUAAGCUCAGUUGUCUGGUGUGUGUGUGUGUGUGUAUAUAUAUAUAAAAAAAACUUAUAUUUAAUUUCAAUUUUUGUUGUUAAAACAUUUUUAAUUGGUUUGACAAAAAUCUCUGUUCUCCCCACCAGCUAUAGAACACACAUUUGAUAUUAGCGGUGCUAAAAAGUCGGAAACUAAUCCUGCAGGUUAUCCAGUUUUUUUUUUUGUUUUUUUUUUUAUUCUUUAUUUUGUUGUGCAUAGCUAAAACAUAUAUUACGUUUACGGCAGCAAAUGUCACAACAGCUUUCUGCCAGAGUUUACACGUUCAUAUAAAGACAGUUGUUUGGCAUGGUUAAACAGUGCACUUUUUUUUUGUUUUUUUGUUUAAGACCGUGCAUCUAGUUUCUGUAUGAUGUCGGGCUCAGGGUCAGUGCUGUCGGGGGGACACGUGGCGUCCGCCAUGACGGCUGAUGCGCCGGGUCGUGGGCAUUGUAGUGAUGCACCCUGCGUUCCCCUCAGUCCCGGGUCCAGAGAUCGGCCGCCUCUCCCGCCCGACACUUUCUAGGCCUCGGUGCUCGUGGCCUGUGGGCAUCGGGUGCCGUAUAUGCCGGCGUGUUGCUUCUCAGCCCCUUCGUGGGUCAGAUAAGUCGAGUGCUGUUGCUUUGUUUAGGUUUGUUUGGCUUGGUAGUGCCAUUAAUCGCUCGGUUUGUGUAGGAGCUCUGCUCAGGCACGUCUGUCCUCCAUGCGAGACAGGCCCCGCACCCUAGUAAGAUUUUUUUCAACCUGGUCAUCGAUGACCAUAUGAGAGGACUGUAGGGGUGGGUUAAGGCUGCCCCUAUGUCUUUUAUAAACUCCAUCUUUACUGGAGUGCUAAACUUAUAGCUAGGUUCCACAGCUGCUGAAUGUUUUUUUUUAUAUAUAUUUUUUCUUCAACAGCACAAUCCGGUUGUUGGAAACACCAAACCCAGUAUAUGUUUUACUAAUGAUCCUUUCACCGAGAAAUCUUUAACAUGUCAAACCGUCCAGCUGGUGUAAGAAACAGGCCUAUAAAGUUGGGUUGUUAAGUUCUGUGCCUCCUGUCAAACCUGCCUCUACGCUAACAUGAAUAAUGUUUGCUAAUCUUGCACAAGAACCUUGGACGUGAUACAAUGUCUUUUACUUGAAAAAGGUACUGGGGGCUGCUGAAAUCUCAUGUAUAACAACACUCUAAAACUGUUUAAGUUACCGAAAACACACCCUGUCAGGACAUUUGGAAUUGUGCCGUUAAUGGGUGCGUUCUGGUCAUGGUUUUGCUAGUUUGCCCCUGGUGUGUUAAACACUGGACCCUGGGGUAAAACCGUGCCAACCUUCAAAGCAGUAAUGUAAGUGUUCACACUAACUUUCCUUCCAACCUUUUAAAUAAAGAAAGGGGUGUGUUUACCUGUAUUAGGAAGAAUGAUAGUUAAAGGUGAUUGGACCAGACUUUCCUAGAAAAUUGUAUUAUUAUUGUAAUAAUAGCCAUUGUGUAAGUGAGGCGGGGGGGGGGGGGAUGGAGAAAUGCAGCCGCCAUUUUAUGGCUGUAGCCAGCACACUGUCGACCAACAAACUAUGCACAGAAUUAAUAUUAGUCAGUCUAGAACUCGUGUUACUUUAAUGAUCCUACCUCUAUCAACACAGGGCAUUUUUUAAACUGAAAUGCUGUACUAUACAGACUCUUCAAGCAUUAUGAUAAAUCCCUGAAGUGCUUGUAGUACACCUUUUGAGAUCAUUACUAGAAUAGCACUCCAGUAACCGCAGGAAAUCUUCUUCUGCUAGUCAUCCUCACAGUUAAUGUGUAGACUCACAUUCUAGUGUCAGAAAUUAAUAUUUAAUUUACUCAGGAAUAUCAGUAGGAAGAGUAACAAUAUUCUUGCUACAAGAGUUUUAACAGAACUUUUUUUACCAUAGAUUCUGCAGCUGCAUAUUUUAUUUUUUAUAAAAUAUUUUACCAGGAAAGAUACAUUGAGAUUUCUCUCGUUUUCAACCAUGUCCUGGUUACACAAAACAUUGCAUUGAUACAAUAGGGUACAAUAAAAUACAAAACCAAUAUUAAUACACAAUAUAUACCAAAUUUACCAUAGAACAGGUAGGAAAUAUAUAAUAAACCAUAACAGGUGCAUUCUGUUUUGAGGUAUGUAAGUUUUAAAGGACUUUAGGCUUAGGGAAUAUUUUAAAGUGUUCGGGAGGUCGUUCCAUAUUUGCGGCGCUCUGUAGGAAAAGGAGAAUCGGGGACGCUUUCUUUUUGUAUCGAGGUAGCAUAAACUAUUAACGCAGAGAAAGUAGGGAAAUUUCUGUAAUAUAUUAGAUUUAAUAUAUUAUUCCUAAUAUUUCACCCAUAUUUAAAUGUCUUUCUAAAAGCAGAUUUAGCAUGCAUGUUCUUUUUUUAGACACGACAAUGAUUCUGCAUUUACACAUGCCUAAAAUAUUGAUCACUGACAAUCUAUGACUUAGAGCAACGCUAGGCAUUUAAAGAAUUCAGGCUGUUUGUGAAAACAAGUUGAGUCGGUCAUGUUUUACAGUACUGCCUCUGCCUCUUGCUAUGUCCAGAGACACACGUUGCUUCAGUAACCAUACAGUUAACCUCCACCCAUUUUAAAAUGCUAUUGUAAUGAAAGGUGUGUGCUUAUUUAAACAAAUUUGCUUGCAGUCAUCUGCAUUUCACAGCCAGAGACAUUGUAAGCUGUGAUCGCUAAUCCUUGUUGGGUCCAAUGUUGUCAACAUGGUAAAGAUUUCGAAAGUCACUCGCCGCUGUGCUUUUUGCUUCAUAGCGGCAAUCAUAUUUGACGUAGUUGGAAUCAUCCUGCUUCUCGUUGGAAUAUUUGCCGGUCUUCAAUCUUUCGAUUUCUUUCUUUUAACGGGAUCCAUGAUUAUCGCUUUAAGUUUGGUGCUUUGGAUGCUAUGGUACACGGGCAAUGUGGAGGUAUCCUACAAAGAGUUCGGACUGACGGUGUAACUUCUACGUUCAACAUCCACAUUUCACGGUAAAAAUAAACCUAUAAUUCCAAGUUUUCAGAUAUGACGUUAUGGCUUUUCACAUCCUGAUCCCAUCAUUGGAAGUGGGGAUUUUUUUUUUUUUUUUUAAUGACUGACUCCGUUCAGGUCCAAAUUCGUUUGUUUUUACUUAAACUGGGAUUUGUGUAGAAUUUAUUUAAGCCUAAAUAGUAAAGAUGCGCUAAAAUAGUUGGAAACGUGUAUAGAGAUGAAAAAUUACCUGAUUGGACACAAUUCUCCUGUCUGUUAACAGCUACAGAGGAAAAGUGGUGGGAUUUCCUGUCAGCAGUGGAGGAUGUACUAUAGCUAUGUACAGUGUCCAUUGCUGCCGUUUUUGUAUUUUUUUAUUAUAUCAUUUUGGACAACAAUUUGGGGUACAAUAUAAUUGUCCUAUGGGGCAAUAUUCUAUAUUACAAUAGAGUGUGUUUCUUUUAUUAGUGCCCCCAGACAACACAUUAUGGUACUAUCAUCUGUGUUUCUUAUACUAGCCCUCUCAGACAAAACUCUAUGGUAGUAUUGACAGUUCUUACGCGAUGCCUCUUGUGCACUACUCUAUGGUACUAAGACUAUUUGUUUUUUAUUGUAGUCCUCUCAAAUAAUAGCCUGUACAGUAUUGUAAAGGAGUGUUUUGUGUUGGUCUUCUCAAUAAUACCACCGAGUAGAGUUUACCGCGCUGUAAAACCUGGAAACUAAUAAUCAGGCUGACUGUGGGAAUCUCAAGUUCUGAGUGGCUCUGUGCAUCACAUGCUUUGUUUAGCGUUUGUCUUUUAUAUUAUAUCUAUUUAUACCACUUUAUGACUUUAACAAUUGUGAAUUAAUUUCACGAUGGCUGCAUCACAGCUUAAAACCUGAUUACUUCAAAAGAAGAUUUAAUUUACAUGUACUAGGGCUCAGGUGAAAACCAUGUCAACCUGCUAUGAACAUUGUUUUAAAGUUAUGCAUUAAAACAUAACAUUUGCAACUGGAGAACAAUUUGAAGGGACCAACUGUAUCUGACUGUAAAACAUAAUUCCAGUAAGAAAGCUCUGAUUUAUAGAGAUUUAUGUCGGAAAAACAUAAAGGUGUUUAUUCACUAAACCUCGAAUUCUAAUGACAUGAAAAGUGAUUUGGAAGUUUAAGCUAAAAUAGACAAGCUCUGACUAUAGCUGAGUUUGAAAAUGUGUCCACUUCAGCUAUUGGCUGCCUAAAUGUUGCUUUAAUUCAGUUUUCAAAUCACUACAAUUUGCUGGUUAUUGAAUAAACCAAUUUGUGUAAUUAUAUGUGUAUUUAUAUAAAAAAUAAAAAUAUGGUAAGCUGUGUUUGUUAAAAUAGGCGUAAACGGGUAUAUUUUUGCCUUCCAUAAUCUCUGUUGCUGGAUUCUGUAUUCAUAGCCACCCAGCCAUCGUUAAAUAUUUCUGCAGCUGUAGAAUACUUUUUUAAUGAGCAAAAAUCUGUAUUUUAUGGAAAGGCAACAAGUUAACCGUUUGUGUGUGCUGUACCAUUUCACAUCACGUUGGCACACACAGUGUUAACCCGCAUGAAAGAUCAGCCUUUGACAUUUGUGUGGCUAAGAUAACACAUUAUCCCGGUUUAACAAGAUUUCUUUUGAACAAUGUGAAAAAUCUUUAAAUAGCUCAGGUGUUUUUCUUUAGUCAUGACAUCCUGGAAAAGAGUUUUUGUUAACUAGAAUAGUCGGUGUCUUUUGAACACUGUUUGAAAGCUUGCUCUUCGGGUUCAGAAAAAAAACACGACCAUCUUGAAUGACCACAGAUAUUACAGCCUCUUGUAGUGGUUAUGGUGCAAGAAGUACAUAGGUACUGGUUUGCUUCAAAAUAAUUUGAGUUAAUACAGAGCAUACCAAGCAAGGAAGAAUUAAUGCAGGAAAUAAAAAAUAAUCAUUAAAAAUAUCCGCACGUUAAUGUGCAAACAAUUUAUAAACUAGUAAAACAUGCUCUAAAGUAAGAAUGCUUUAAGAAUGUAAACAUGUUAAUUGUUUAGUUUAAUUUGUAUCAAUUAAUUAAACUCAAAGUGAGUAAAAAUAUUAAAAUUCUAAGGCCAAACAUUAAUAUGUUGAUUCUCUUAUAACAGCAUCAAUUAUUCUAGGUACACUUGCAAAGAUCAUUUGUAGACAUAUAAUUAAGUGCACAACUAAACAAUUAAGUGCUAAUGAUCAUCAAGUGAAGGUUUAACCCCUUAAGGACUGAGCCAAAUGUACAUGUUGUGAUCAAAACAAAACGUAAACAAAAACUUGAAUUUGUGCUAUAUGUCUGUUCAGGCAUAAUUCACAUUUUUAAAUAUUAUGUGCACCUACAUUUAUAUAUCAUUUUAUUCAGGGGAAACAGUGCUUUCAUUUAACAUCAAACAUUUAGGUAUGAAACAUAAUUUAAUAUGAAUAAAAUAUUUUUAAAAAUGGGAGAAAAUAGAAAUUAAAAAAAAAAAAAUGUUAGUUCUAUGUGACAUUUUAACUGUGAAUGUCAUAAUACUGUUUGCUUUUACUGCAAUAAAAUCCACAUGUUUGUAUUCAGCCAUGUCUCACGUGUAAAACAGUACCCCCUAUGUACAGGUUUUAUGGUGUUUUGGGAAGUUACAGGGUCAAAUAACAUGUUACAUUUUCAGUUUUUUCACAUUGAAAUCCGUCAGAUUGGUUACGUUGCCUUUGAGACCGUAUAGUAGCCCAGGAAUGAAAAUUACCCCCAUAAUGGCAUACCAUUUGCAAUAGUAGACAACCCAAGGUAUUGCAAAUGGGAUAGGACCAGUCUUUUUUAGUAGCCACUUGUCACAAACACUGGCCAAAGUUAGUGUUAAUAUUUGUUUGUGUGUGAAAAAUGCAAAAAACUAAUUUGAACGCCAAUUUUGGCCAGUGUUUGUGACUAAGUGGCUACUAAAAAAGACUUGACAUACCCCAUUUGCAAUACCUUGGGUUGUCUACUUUUGAAAAUGGUAUGCCAUCAUGGAUGUAAUUUUCAUUCCUGGGCUACCAUAUGGUGUCAAAGGCAACGUAACCAAUCUGGCGAAUUUCAAUUUGAAAAAAACUGAAACGCAAGCCUUAUAUUUGACUUUGUAACUUUUGAAAACGCCAUAAAACCUGUACAUGAGGGAUACUGUUAUACUCAGGAGACGUCGCUGAACACAAAUAUUAGUGUUUCAAAACAGUAAAACGUAUCACAACAAUUAUAUUGUCCGUGUAAGUGCCAUUUGUGUGUGAAAAUUGCAAAAAAUUUAACUUUCAUUGGUGAUAUCAUCAUUUUAAUUCAUUUUACUGUUUUGAAACACUAAUAUUUGUGUUCAGCUGAGUCUUCCGGGUAAAAAAGUACCCCCCAUGUACAGGUUUUAUGGUGUCCAGGAAAGUUACAGUGUUAAAUAUAGUGCUAGCAAAUUAAAUUCCCUGGACUUUCGGCCUGGGUUGUCAGGCAGGUCCCGCAAAUUGUAAUUAAUAAAAUGACCUAAUUAUGUAACAUUAUUACAUAAAUAUAUACAUAGAAUUAUUAUAUAUAUACAUGUGUAUAUGUGUUAUAUGUUGUCUUUUUGACCCUGAGGAAGGUCCCGAGCGGGGACCGAAACGUUGGUCAUUAUUUUUAAUACUACUUAAUAAAUUUUCGUUUUAAAGUCUGGAGAGCAGCCUGCCUUGUUGGAUUCUUUAUCUAUUGCAGCUCUGGUGAUGCGCCCAGUAUUGGAACAUUUUUCAAGCAUGAGUGCAGGGGAUUAUUGCAUUUUUAUAUAUAUAUGUGUGUGUGUGUGUAUAUAUAUAUAUAUAUAUAUAUAUAUAUGUAUAUUAUUUUUUAUAUAUAGGUAUAUAUAUAUAUAUAGUGAUAUAUACGUAUAUACUUAUGUAUAUAGAUAUAUAUAUUAUUUUGUUCUACGUGUAUUUUGAUAUCAAUAUAUAUAUUAAUUUUAAAAUACAAUUAGAACUAAAUUACUCAUACAUAUUUAAUCAAUAUCAUUGUACAUGUACUUUGAUAUUAAUAUAUAUAUAUAUAUAUAUAAAUAUUAAAAUACACUUAGACUGUGUAUGUGUAUUUAUGUGUAUGUAUGUAUGCAUACAUACAUAUAUAUAUGAUCUAAGUAUAUAUAAUGUAAUUUUAAACUGUAUUAAACUUUUAUUUUUUUUUCUUCAGGCAGAUGGGGAAGUACCUGUCAUUACAGGCACUCCCCCUGCUGGCACUGCCUUGGACAGCUAUGCCGUCCAUGUGAUUGUGAGGUCCUCGCAAGGAUCUUGCGAUCACGUGGCCGACGAGGACCGGAGAGGAAGGAGGGGGACUCCCUGGGCUCCCAGGUGAGUCCCCAUACCGCGAUCGCCGGCGUGGGAUCGCCGGUGACCGGGUAAGUACAAAGGAUGGCGGGGACGUGCUAUGCCACCCCCCCGGCGUUUAGAGCCAGGUCCCUAAGGACGGCAUAGCAGGCCCACCAUCCUUAAGGGGUUAAACACAAUUACUAAGUGAAAACUGGCUCAUACACCAUGGGAAGACUGAGCACAUCCACAAGGUCUCUCCCAGGCAGACGUUUUUAGGCAGACAGGGAUACCGGAUGUCCUGUCCAAGCUCUUCUGAAGAAACGUACAACGUUGAGUGUAGACAAAGUGGUCGGCCAAGGGAACUUCGUGCAGAAGAUAACAAACGCUAAUUACCCUUCACAAUAGGAAUAUGUCCCGCAGGGCCACCAUCUUAGAAUUGGAAAAAACUACACAACAUGUACACCCACAUUUCAAAGACAACACUACAUACAAACACACCGUUGCAAUCAACAGAAACAUUACAUACAAACACACCCCUGUAUUAAAACAGUAAAAUGAUAUACAAAUACAAACGUAUUAAAAUGCUAAAAUUAUAUACAAAAACUUCCCUGUAUCAAAAUGCUAAAAUGAUAUACAGACACUCUCCUGUAUUAAAACGGUAAAUUUAUAUACAAACACCCCUUCAUUCAAACACCAACACUACACACAGACAUACCUGAACUUUAAAAGCCAACAUUACAAACAAACACACCCCUGCAUUCAAAUGCAAACAGUACACACAAAUACACCCUACCUGCACACACAUACAUUCUAUACAAAAACAUGCCUUCGUUCACAUGUACAAACACUGCUCACAAAUGCAACCCUGCAAGGAUGCGCAAAUGGUAGAUCCCCAGCUGGUAUAGCAUUGAGGGGGUUGUACGACAGAUGAGGAUCUACCUUUUGGCCACUAUGGCACUAGAGCGGGGGCCCCCAAAAAAAUCUAUUGUUCUAGGGCCCCUCUGUACAUUAGUUCUGCCAUUGCUCAACUAUGCACUUAAACAUAGGAACUAGGGUGCAGAUAAAUGGCAACAGGUGCUCUGGACUGAUGAGUCCAAUGUAAACUAUUCGGCUGUAGCGAAAGGAAGUUAUUCACCAAAGGGCUGGAGGACAACAACAACAAAUAUCUGCAGGCCACAUUGAACCAUGGUGGAGGUUCCUGGCAUGUUUGGGACUGCAUUUCUACUUGUGGGGUUGUGAAUUUGUUCAGAAUGAAUGGUCUCUUCAAUACUGAGAAGCACAGGCAAAUAAUUAUUCUUUACGCAAUAGCAUCAGGGAAGCAUUUGACUGGCUUCAAAUGUAUUCUGUAGCAUUACAAGAAUCCCCAAAAAACUUUUUAUUUUUUCAAUCAUGCCUACUUUACACUCACAGAUUAUUAAUAUCAAUUUUGUCCAGUUUUGAAAAGCAUUUAUUGGUUGAGCUCGUUGACUGGCACAAUGAAUUCUGUCCGAAUAUAAAAGGUCAUGUCUGCAUCAGCCGUAUAUGAGCAAGGAGCUGGUCUGUUGACCCCUGGGGCUUGGGAACCUCAUUUUGCGUCAAACUGCCCAGAAAUUGUGUGUCACAAAACCAAAACAGCAGCCAAGAUAAAAAUCACCAUGGGUUGUAGUGGUUGUGGUGGCUUAUAGCACUCCCACGUGAUUCCUUCAGUUAUCAACACAGUAGAUCACAGUAUUUUGAAGAAUCGAUAGAUUAGACUUGUAAUUUCACACGCAGAGAACUACAUAUCUUUCUGCCGUCAUAAACUUCUAUGCAAAGUGACACUUAACCCAAAAAGAAUACUACACUCAACCACAAAAGGGUGUGUUGGAAAAUAAAUAGGCUUUAUAUCUAUUUUUGUCAAUAGUUCCUUUGAGAGAAAAUUAUGUGGUUAGCUUUAACAAGUAUGUCAAUAUUUUUAAUGAUUUUUUUAUGUGCAUCCAGACAAACAAUGCUGGUACAGAUGCAAAAAAUUGAAAUUAUUCACUAAACAUUGAGUUCUAUUGAACUGAAAAACUCAAUUCAAAAUGGAGGGAAAUAUAUUUCAGUAGAAAACCAUUAUCUAACUCCGCUAUGGGCACAGAUCGACUAUUUUAGCCAGGCCCGGACUGGCCAUCGGGCAUACCGGGCAAAUGCCCGGUGGGCCGCGAUGGCCGUGGGGCCGAGGCCGGCAGGGGAGAUCACAGGAUCUCCCCGGCCGGCUCCUGCAGGGCCAGCGCUACCCGAGCGCCGGCCCCGCUGUGUGCCUCCAUGGGCCGGUGGGGAGAUCAAAGAUCUCCCUUUACCGGCCCAGAGACACUUCCAGGCGGCCGCUUGCUGGGGUGUGAGGGAGGGAGGAGAGGACCGGCGGAGCUCUAUCCAGCAGCUCCGCCGGGUCCUCUCGCGGGAUUCUGAGCGUUGCCGCGGUUACCGCGGCAACGCUCAGAUCUCGCGAGAGUGAACUCUAGCCUACAGGCUAGAGUUCACGCUCACCACUAGGACCACCAGGGAUUAGGCAGCAUGGCUCUCCCAUGGCAGAACGGCCCCCCCCUCCCAGGCUAAAGGUAAGAAGGGAGGGGGGGGAUAUAACUUUUUUUUAAAAUUAUUAUUAUUAAUUUUAAAAAAAAUCACACUCACACACAUCACCCCCAGACACACACACAGCACCCAGACACACACACAGCACCCCCAGACACACAACACCCAGACACACACAGUACCCAGACACACACAGCACCCCCAGACACACAACACCCAGACACACACACAGCACCCAGACACACACACAGCACCCAGACACACACACAGCACCCCCAGACACACACCCCCCAGACACACAACACCCAGACACACACAGUACCCAGACACACACAUCACCCCCAGACACACAACACCCAGACACACACAGUACCCAGACACACACAGCACCCCCAGACACACACAGCGCACUCAGGCACACAGCACCCUCGCUCACACACACACACACACACAUAUAUAUAUAUAUAUAUAUAUAUAAAAUAACUCUCAGUGAGUUAACAGACAAAGAAAAUUAGAAUGUGACGGCAGAUAAAAACACCCUCACACACAGCACCCCUCUUACAUACACACACACUGCGCCCCUCACACAUACAAUACGUCCAAAUAUAUAUAUGUAUGUAUAUAUAUAUAUACACACACACACACACACUACAGCACUACAUACAUUACGCUCCAGAUACACGCUAGAUCCCUUACCUUAUAUGCACUCUUAAUCCUCUAUACACACACACACACACAAUCUCCUAUACACACUCUGGGUCCUUUACACACUAGAUCUCCUACACACACACUGCACCACCUACACACACACUACAUUCCUUGUCAGCAAACACAUACAACAUUCUCUAAACACACCCUCUCUACAACCCCUACACACACUAAGUCACCUAUACACACACACUACAGCCCAUAUGCACACACUCGCUACAUCCCCUAUAACACUAUGCCACCUAUACACACACUCUCUACAGCCCCUAGCCACACAUAUUACACCACAAACACAUAUGAAAUUGACCUAUUUACACAAUACCACACCACACUCUACACACACGCAAUUCCACAAGCAGGCUCCAAACACAUGCACCAUACACUUUCCUGGCCCUUUUGUCCUCUGGUAUCCCACUUGUUGAGACACCAGAGACAAUUUAAAAGCAAACACAGCGCAAGCAUGUUAUUAGAUUUGCUUGCGCUGCGCAGAACAAAUACAGGGCCAUUUUCUAAUGCCAGAGCUCUAAAGCGCAGCUCUGCGCAUUGAACCAACAUGCUCACUUUGAGAGGAGGCGUGCUUGUCAUUAGUGAUGACAAAACACACCCUCUCUGGCCCCGCCCUCUUCUUAGGGGGCCGCUCUGAUUGAAAAAUGCCCGGGCCUAAUUUUUUCCCCAGUCCGGCCCUGAUUUUAGCCUUUGUGCACUUUCGUUUUCGGUUAAACUAAAAAUCACAAAAAAAAUAAAAUAACUAAUACGUAGUGAUUACUCACAGAUUUUAAACAAUUACUAUUCACGGUUUAGAGAAUAAAAUUCUAAUGUGUUUUUUGUAUGAAUUUUAAAUGUAAGCACCAAUGUUUUCGUUACAAUACGGAUCAUACAUUUUAGAUAUAUUCUGCAUUUAGGCUGAGUGUCCUGGGAUUUGUAAUUCAGCAACAUCUGAGCGACCAUCCUGAGCCACCCGGAGCAUACAGAUGGUACUUAAAGGGGCAGAGCUAGUUACUAUAUAAAUAUCCUUUUUCUAGACGCCUUAUAGAACUUAGAGGUAAAAAUAUACAAGAAAACAAACCAAAAUGUGAUGAUUUAAUUCUAUAAAUUCUCAUUUGACUUGUUUAUAACUUCACUUUCUGUGAAUUAGAAUUCAUAUUCUGCUUAGGAACUAACUAUUUUUGUUAAUCGUUUUUUUUUCUGCAGGAGUCAAUGAAGGUUAUUCUACAAUGGAAAGCACUUUAUGCCCGCACAAGAAGAGGUCCGCCAGACCAUCCCAUUACUUAAUAAGAUGGAAGCCACCACCCCAUUAAAAUGGAACAGGAUAGCUGAACAACAUACAUUUUUACAUGCAAGAAGGUCGUCAUCACGGAUUCAUAAAAAUCAGCCCGGCCAUGGACUUUUCAUUUUACGAUGGCUGUAGUUUGCACUAAAUUUGGUCCUCUCUUAUCCCAAAUUCGUAAAAAUGCUUUUGGUAUAAAAAGUGUAAUUUAGUUAAAAAAAAUAUGGGUAUAUGGUUGAUUCAGAAAAUUGCACAUUAUUUUGGACAACGAGAUAACUGUUCGUGUAGGAUUUAAGGCAUUCUGGAUCCAGAGCACCGACAAUUUUUUUUCAUAUGAAGGAUUUUUUUUUCUUUGUUUACCUCAAUAUGUAAGUGACUUUACACAAAACUAUUUGUACUUGAUCUUAUUAUUUUCAGACAAGAUUUCUAGCUCUUCCUAACUUAUGGAAGUGGUUAUAAAGUCUGCACCUCAGGGAUUUCAGUUUGGUCCUAUUUCAGAAGAAGGAUACUAGCCUAAAUCAUUGGCUAAACGCUUGUGCCCUUGUAUAUGGUGUCCUUAGUCCUACGAUAAUGCAGGUGCACUCAAAGUCCAUCAAAGUCUAUAAAAUUUGAGAACCUGGAACAAAAACUGUGACCUAUGACCAGCGCACACAUGGAACCAACUUUAUCAUUAGUUCUACUGCGUGAAAAUAUCCAGAUUCAAAAACACAACUUGACUAGUGUAGUUUAAUUUCAGUUUCACUAAGGUACCAUAUAAAUGACAGGAUUCCAUGAAGUUCCCCAUGAAGUUGGAAGGAUUAUCAGCAAGGCUAGUCUUGUAUUCUGGACUCCAGCCUGCCUCAGUACAUCCAUAGUUACUUUACUUUUCCUUACAUAUAUUAGCUGAUGCCACUGAGAUUUUUUUUUUACUCUAACAAUUUUCAUAAAAUGACGAUGAUCCCAACAGAUUCUAUUUUUCACAAAUAACAGUGUAUUCCUCCACUAUGUAUUGUGUGAAGGUAUCAUGUUUAUCAUCUUUGUUUUUAAAACUGCAUUUCAGAUGUCCAUAACUAAGCCCGUGUAAUAAUUAGAGUCCCUGGAAAGAUUUAUUAGAAAGGGAUAUUGAUCACUCCUCAUCCAAACAUUAAAGGGGCUCUCAAAGCAACAUAGCUACGAUACCGUCCCCAGUCUAAUAUCAAACCAAUGAAGGAAAGUUUGAUGUAAACCAAAGUUCUUCCUGACAUCUACGUACCGCCCCCAUAUUGACUGCACUUAUAAGGAGCUACUCGCACUUCCUGCAAUUUAGUAUGCAAUAUUCGCACUUCCUGCAAUUUAGUAUGCAAUAUUUGCACUUCCUGCAAUUUAGUAUGCAAACUAGACUGCUUUGAUUGUCCGAGAAUUCUGGGAUAAAUCUCUCUCAAUGUUGCUUAGACUGCUCCUUUAGCUCCUUUAAAUCAUUCUAUAGUGAAUCCCCACUAUAGAUCUGGUAUGAUAAUUACCAUGAAUCCAUUAAUAAAGCCUAUUCGAGAAACACAAAUUGAUGCACAUUUUUAUUAAAAAAAAUUACUAGAUGCCGUAUAUUUUAUCUUUACUGCUGUGCCGUACAGGUUGAGAGGGUAAAAAUAAAAAUAAAGGUAGGAAUUAGGUUUAAACUACCAAUUUGUGUAGCACAAUGUAUGGGUGGAAUAUUAUUGAAUGUGAAGACGCAUCAUGUUAUUAUAUUUAAGGGUACAUUUCACGUUAAACCAGAUAGCUCAUGGGAAGGGAUCUCAUCUCCUAUUGUUUCAAUGUCUCUAAAUAUUUAUCCCUUGUUUGUAUAAUUACCAAUGUUAUUUUUGCAUAAAUUUGAAAGUGUUCUGGAUAUGAGCACAAUGUUAAAGAACUGUUAAAUAAAAAUUCCAUCC